AUAAGGUCUAGUUAGCUAACCAAGUUUUCAUGUUCUCAGACUGGCUCUGGAAAGCAGAUGGAUGUGAGACUCACGACAAUGGUCAAAAUGGCAUUAUCUGCCAAUGCAGCCAUACAACAGCCUUUGCUGUCCUACUGGUAAGACAACCAGUUGAAGAAGUCCACUGGAAAAUACUGUCAUACAUUAGUUACAUAGGUUGUGGCCUGUCUGCCUUCUUCACUUCUUUGUCCCUUGUGAUGUAUUUCUUCAGUCGAAAAGACAGAAUAGAUCACUCCAUUUCUAUUCAUGUAUCUCUGAGUGGCGCCUUAUUUCUGCUCAAUACAACCUUCCUGCUGACUGAGUGGGGGGCCACGGUGGAACAAGAGUGGGUGUGCGUGUUUGUUGCAGCUUUCAUGCACUACUCCUUGCUCUGCUGUUUCACCUGGAUGGCCAUUGAGGCACUUCACCUCUAUCUACUGCUGAUAAAGGUGUUUAACACCCACUACAAACACUAUCUGGCCAAACUGUCUCUUGUUGGAUGGGGGAUCCCUGGUGUGAUCGUGACAGUUUCUUUAGGAAUGAAGGACUUCAAACAGUUUUACGGAGUUACACAAAUGACCAUGGCCGACACCAACCAAACUAAUGAAAUGUGCUGGAUCACAGAUGACUCCUUCUUCUACUCCUUAAACCUGGUGUAUUUCACCCUUACAUUCAUCUUCAACUCUGGCAUAUUGGUGGCAGUGGCUUCUAGCAUCUGUAGGAUGAAAGCAUUUAUGAGCCGAUCCAAGUUUGGAGCACAGACUGAUGAAAAGACUUGGAGCGACCCAAAGAGGUUCAGCGAGUCCUGCAGGAGUGGCCUCACUGUGCUGGGUCUUACCUGGCUGAUGGGGACCACCUGGGGCCUGGCCUUCCUGGGCUCAGGAUAUGUCAACUACCCCAUCCUAUACCUAUUCUGUAUCCUCAACUCCUUACAAGGUUUCUUUAUCUUUGUGUGGAUCUGCCAGUCAACCAAGAAGCAGAGGAGGAGAGAUAUGGAGAACAGGAUCAGCUCAACUCCUGUGAAGACGAUGACUUCAGGAAUCAAAUCUGAUUAG